AUGUUGGUCGAGGCAAUCAUUCGGCAUGGUACAUGGUCAGGUGUCAGAAGAACAUGGACUUCUGCAACAUUAUCUAAAGGCGCAACAGCAAAUGACUCAUUUAAGUCUUUCAACGUAAGAGUCGCUCUACCUCGCCAGCUUAAAAUCGAAGUAGAAGAAAAGUUGCUGAGUUCCAUGAGAAGACGAAUCAUACGAUGUUACUUGUGUGGUCCGGUUGCACGUGAAUACCUGUGUGGUGUGCAAACUCCGUUUUUCUGUGCAACGCCCGGUCGCUCGCAUCAUUAUAACCGAUUGUCACCACAACAUACUCUAAGAUGGUUGAAAAGGUGGGCACAAGUCAGAUCGCCUUCGCUAAGAAGAAGAUGCUAUCACGGGUUCGGAGCUCAAUGGUACGCUUCAAUCAGUCUUCGUAACAACUGUAUGUUAGUCCGUGCCAGGAAAUUCUUAUUACCACGAACUGCAUUAUGUGUUAAUGAGAGUGGUGCUGUACGCCUUGAAAUAUUUCGCUGA